AAAGCCGUUUGUAGUGUGCGGAGCUCCGCGGCGAUACUGUUGCCUCGCUACUCAGUCUGGGCGAACGUAACAUUUCCCACAUAUCAACGACGUGUUGUCUUUUGCUAUCAGAACCUGUUGGGGCCCCCUCGUCUUGAUCAGACUUCAUGGCGGUCAUCAAAAAGUCGGUAAAGUGUGUCGUAGUUGGCGACGGGGCGGUCGGUAAGACGUGUAUGCUGAUCUCCUACACGACAAACAAGUUUCCAGACGAAUACGUUCCCACGGUGUUCGACAACUAUUCCGCCAAUGUUACUGUCGGGGACGAGGUAGUCAGCAUCGGUCUAUGGGACACCGCAGGACAAGACGACUACGAUCGAAUUCGACCUCUAUCAUACCCAAUGACAGACGUUUUCCUCAUGUGUUUCUCUAUAGCAGAGCCGUCGUCGCUAGAAAACAUAUAUACAAAAUGGUAUCCUGAAUUAGUGCAUCACGCCGGCGAGGUGCCUCGCAUACUCGUUGCCACCAAGUUGGACUUAAGAGGUAGUCCUCAAGUCGAAGUGUCGCUCAAGCGUCGAAACGAACAUAUUCUAACUGAUCAAGAAGGCAGAGCAAUGAGCAAGAAGAUAGGAGCCGUAAAGUAUAUGGAAUGCUCUGCAAUGACACGGGAAGGUCUCAAGGCCGUGUUUGACGAGGCGAUUCAUACGGCUCUGUUUCCGGAGACAGUGAAAAGAGAGCGGAAAUGUGUUCUUUUGUAGCGUGUUGUUGAGAUCAAGAGGUGUAUCUCGUUGUGGCUGUCUAGCUGGACUUGUGCUGCUUAUCUAUGUGCCGGGAGUCUGUGUUUCGUCACGUGUAUAUAUUACUCUCAACUGUCUGUUGUGGACAUAAAUGGGAUAGUCUUAUGUUGCUGUAGGGACACGAAUGACUUCGGAAUUUUUAAUUUUCAAUUAAGCCACUGCUACUGUUCGUGGUGUGCAGAGCGCAGAUCGUGUUGGUUGCUGUGGUAACUAAUAAUCAAAUAAUCAAAUUUGUGAA